GCGAGAGAGAGACGUGUGUACAGACACAUGUGAGAGUGACACACUGACUGACAGUUGGUUUCAAUAAGGAAAUUCGCGACAUUGUAUAUCUGGAGCACAUGUAAAGACGACGGACGGGGGACAAGUUCAAGCACUGGGAAUGAACUCACACAGCGCGGCCGGCAGUGGGAGAAGAGGCGAAGGAAACCAGUUCCAGUAGAGCUCAUCUGCUUCAUCAGGAUGGGCUGCAGUUGGAGUGGCCAGAAAAGAGUAAAAGGUGACAACUUCUACAAAGGAAAACAAAACCAUGAGGCCUCCAACCCGUCGAAUCACAUCGCACAAAGCGGACAGAACUGCUCGGAUACCGACGUGUUCGUGGCACAACACGACUUCAAAGCGACCAACAACAGCGAUCUACCGUUCAAAAAGGGAGACAAAUUCAAGGUUUUGCAAGAGAACGGAGAAUGGUGGUUGGCCAAAUCGUUAACGACUGGAGAGGAGGGCAUGAUACCCUGUAAUUAUGUAGCCAGAGCAGACACUCUGGAAGUGGAAAAAUGGUUUUUAAAGGACGUGAGUAGAAGACAGACCGAACAACUGCUUUUAGCUCCUGGAAAUAAACCGGGAGCCUUUAUAGUUCGAGCGAGUGAGACCUGUAAAGAUUCCUUCUCGCUGUCAGUCAGAGACUAUGUGAAAGAACAAGGAGAUGUGGUAAAACACUACAAGAUCCGCUGUUUGGAUAAAGGUGGAUACUACAUCGCUCCCACCAACACGUUCCCAUCCCUGCAGGAACUCGUCAAUUACUACACGGGUACAGCCGACGGUUUGUGCCAGCGGCUGCAGGCCCCUUGUAAGGUUAAGGCGCCUGAGCCGCCGUGGGCGCAGGACGAGUGGGAGAUUCCCAGAGAAACCUUGAAGUUGGUGAAGAAACUGGGGGCCGGGCAGUUUGGAGAAGUGUGGAUGGGUUAUUAUAAGAACACGCAGAAGGUCGCUGUCAAGACGUUGAAGGAGGGAACGAUGGAGCCCGAGGCCUUCCUGCAGGAGGCCAACCUGAUGAAGCAGCUGCAGCAUGAACGACUGGUGCGGCUCCACGCCGUGGUCACCAAGGAGCCCAUCCUCAUUGUCACCGAGUUCAUGGUCAAUGGAUGUCUUCUGGACUUUCUGAAAUCAAACGAAGGGAAGAAGCUGAAGCUCAAUAAGCUCAUGGACAUGUCCGCUCAGAUAGCUGAAGGCAUGGCGUACAUCGAGAGGAAGAACUACAUCCACCGAGACGUGCGUGCAGCCAACAUCCUGGUCAGCGACACCCUGACGUGCAAGAUAGCAGACUUUGGCCUGGCCAGGAUCAUCGAGACAGAAUACACAGCUCAGGAAGGUGCCAAAUUUCCCAUCAAAUGGACGGCUCCGAGGCCUCAAUUUGGCACAUUCAGCAUCAAAUCGGAUGUGUGGUCCUUUGGAAUCCUGCUCACGGAGAUAGUCACCUAUGGGAGGAUACCCUACCCGGGAAUGACAAACCCAGAGGUGAUCAGCAGCCUGGACAAGUUGUACAGGAUGCCUUGUCCGGACGCCUGCCCCAAGGAGCUCUUUGACAUAAUGAACAUGUGCUGGAGGCAGAAGCCGGAGGAACGGCCGACUUUUGACUUUCUGCAGAACACUCUCAACGACUACUUCAUCGCCACGGAGGGACAGUAUGAGAUGCAGCCCUGAUUAAAUAAACGGUUUCCUGUUGAUGAUCAGGAGACAGCAACAUGUUCUAAGCAGAGAUGCGGGACCUGAGCGGAUGAGGACCAACUAAACACAAUUCUUUUAAAAUCACGGUUUUGUUUGUACAUAGUUGUUUUUUACGCAUGAAAUGGACGCAUAGGUUGUGCAUUCCCUUUGAGUGGAUGUCAAAGCCGUUGAUGCGCAGCAGCUCAUAACACCGGAAGCGUUUUAACAUCCUCCCUGAUCGGGACGAUGUACGACGGUUUGGAGCGUGGAAACAUCAUUUCAGCACAUGAAGUAGGAUGGCGUCUGGACGCGAGGAAGUCAAGUCCGCUCAGGUAAUGUUACAGAUAAAUAAUGUGCUUGGUGGAGAAAACAAGCAGCCUGAGAUUAAAUGUACAAUACUUUGCACUUUUUAAAUUCCUUCAGUCCGCCAGCGGCUACAGAAAAAGAUAAAGGCCUUUUAACGACAAUUUAUACUUGCAUCUAUGUUCUUUGUGAAUAAAAAUAUUUACAUUACA